AUGCAGUCUCUGAAGAAACCCGGACUGGUGCUGACCUUAGUGCUAAUUCUGUGCCUAACCAACAGUUUUGUGGAGUCGAGAAGAUCGAAAAGAUGGCGGAAGGCGGUGCACUUGAGCCUGCACAGGGAAAGGAACCACACCAAAACACUCCACAGCUUCAACGGCCAGAAACAGAGACUCAAGGAGAAACUGAACCCUUCCGCGUUUGCUGUAACCAAUCCCAACCAGGCGAUAGCAAACCUACUCAAUUCCCACAACACGGAGUACUACGUAAAAGCGUAUUUCGGAACCCCUCUGACUCAGCAGGUUACCCUUCUCGUGGACACGGCAUCCGCAAACCUGCUGGCUUACUCCACCAAUUUCACAAAGAACUCUUGCAAAAAUCACAAUGGCUACAAUUCCAGUCUGUCCACCACAUACCAGGGCAUCGGAACGCCCUUUCAGAUUAAGUACGCAUCGACGGAUACUCUGACCGGAUUCCUCUCCACGGAUACUUUAACCUUAGCCGAUCUGUCCGUUACAAAUCAGACAUUCGCUGAAAUUGAAUCAGCACCGCAAGUCUUGUGCAAUCGCUCCAAUUUCGAUGGGAUCCUCGGACUGGGACUCUCUGAGAUUGCGAUCGAUGGAGUGCCGACUCCCUUGGAUAAUAUGAUAGCUCAAGGAGUCCUUAACAAUCCAAUCUUCGCCUUCUACGUCAACAGAAAUGCCUCGGAUGCGGGAAAUGGGGGAGUGUUGUUGCUUGGUGGAUCGGAUCCCACUCUCUACUCGGGUUGUCUGACCUACGUUCCCCUAUCCAAAGUGGGCUUUUGGCAGAUCAACGUUCCCAAAAUCAACAUUGGCAGCAAGAAACUGUGCACCAACUGCCAGGCAAUCCUGGAUGUGGGAACCUCUUUGAUCAUUGUCCCUUGUCCGGCUCUCCAAAUCAUAAACAAGCAAUUGGGACUCAAGAGCACAGAUAAGCAAAAUGGCGUUUACAUCAUCGAUUGCAAUAAGGUGUCGAGUCUGCCGGACGUUGUCCUCAAUAUCGGAUGGAAGGACUUCACUCUCACUCCGUCGGACUACGUCCUCAACUACAGUGGAACCUGCGUUUCUGGGUUCGCGAGUCUCGACGACUGCAGCGGAGACACCGACGAUUUCGGCGACAACUUGAACGAUAUCUGGAUUCUCGGGGACGUGUUCUUCGGAGCAUUCUACUUGCUCUUCGAUUUCGGCCUCAAGCUUAUAGGCAUUGCUCCCAAAGCUUAAUAAAAAAUAUGGGUUUAGUUUUUUCUGCAAAAUAAAUAGAAUGGUUGAGGGUUAACAUAAUGAGCGAGGUAAAAAUAUAGUUAUUUCAAAAAAGUA